GCGGACCCUGAGAGGCGCGGUGCCCGCUGGACCGCCCGCCCCGCGCUCCCCGCGGCUGGUUCAAGGCCAUGCUUCCGCUCUGGGCCCUGCUGGCCCUCGGCUGCCUGCGCCUCGGCUCGGGUGUGAACCUCCAGCCCCAGCUGGCCAGUGUGACCUUUGCCACCAACAACCCGACCCUCACCACGGUGGCCUUGGAAAAGCCUCUCUGCGUGUUUGACAGCUCAGCGGCCCUCGAUGGCACUUUUGAGGUCUACCUCUAUGUCCUGGUCGACUCAGCCAGCUCCAGGAACGCCUCCGUGCAGGACGCCAAGACCCCGCUGAGCUCCACCUUCCAGCAAACAGAGGGGGGAAGGACAGGCCCCUAUAAGGCAGCGGCCUUUGACCUGAUCCCCUGUGGUGACCUGCCCAGCUUGGAUGCCAUCGGGGAUGUGGCCCGGGCCUCAGAAAUCCUGGACGCCUACCUCAUCAAGGUGGGCGCCAACGGCACCUGCCUUUCAGACCCCAACUUCCACGGCCUCUGCAACCCGCCCCUGUCAGCGGCCACGGAGUACAGGUUCAAGUACAUCCUCGUCAACAUGUCCGCGGGCUUAGUACAGGACCAGACCCUAUGGUCCGACCCCAUCCGCACCAACCGGCCCACCCCCUACUCCGCGAUCGACACGUGGCCGGGCCGGCGGAGCGGGGGCAUGAUCGUCAUCACGUCCAUCCUGGGCUCCCUGCCCUUCUUCCUGCUCGUCGCCUUUGCUGGUGCCAUCGUCCUCAGCCUCCUGGACACGGGCGGUUCUGACAGGGAAACGACACACGACUCCCAGAUCACGCAGGAGGCCGUCCCCAAGUCCCUGGGGACCUCGGAGCCCGCGUACACGUCUGGGAACCGGGGGCCGCCGCUGGACAGGGCUGAGGCGUAUUCCAGCUAGCUGCAGGACUGAGCCCGGGCCGCUCCCGGGCGGGAGGCCUUCUCCCCACUGGCCUUGCCCAGGGGGUGUGCGGGCAGCCGGUGCCCUGACCCCACCCGCGGCGGAACAGGGUGUGUUGGCCCAACCUGCGGGAAAACUGUUAAUAAAAUCUUCCCAAGGUCUUGAGUUCCAAAUGAAUGAGGGACA